AUGACAAGUGUUCGAGCAUUCAGAUUGUUGGCGCGACCGGCGCGUCAAUUGCGACCCCUCGCCGCCCCGGCCCUUCAGACCCGACACCACUCCUCCAAGCACCCCAAGGGGUUUGAGGCACCAUCACAAGCCGACCUUGUCGAGCUGCGCGAGCGUGUGCAGGACUUUACAAGGCGCGAGAUCACGGAGGAGGUCGCCGCGAACACGGACAAAAGCAAUGCAUUUCCCAACGAGAUGUGGCAAAAGCUGGGUGAGGCUGGUUUCCUGGGAAUGACGGCCGACGAAGACGUCGGUGGUCUAGCCAUGGGUUAUCAGGCGCACUGCGUCGUCAUGGAGGAGAUCUCGCGUGCUUCCGGCUCAAUCGGUCUCAGCUAUGCGGCGCACUCCCAAUUGUGCGUCAACCAGCUCCAGCUCAACGGAUCUCCGGAACAGAAGCAGAAAUACCUCCCCGGGCUGAUUGCCGGUACAAGUGUCGGUGCGCUGGCAAUGUCCGAGUCUGGGGCCGGAAGCGAUGUGGUGAGCAUGAGGACAACAGCGACAGCCGUCGACGGCGGCUACGUCCUGAACGGCUCCAAGAUGUGGAUCACCAACGGCCCGGAUGCCGAUCUCAUCGUCGUCUACGCUAAGACGGAGCCCGACAAAGGCUCCAAGGGCGUUACGGCAUUCAUCGUCGAGACGAAGACUAAGGGCUUCAGCUGCGCGAGAAAAUUAGACAAGAUGGGUAUGCGAGGCAGCAACACCGGCGAGCUCAACUUUGACUCCGUCUUUGUGCCCAAGGAGAACGUCCUCGGCAAGAUCAACGGCGGCGUGCGGGUGCUGAUGGAAGGUCUUGACCUCGAACGCCUCGUUCUCAGCGCUGGGCCGCUGGGCAUUAUGCAAGCUGCGCUGGACGUGGCCUUGCCCUUCACCCACCAGCGUAAGCAGUUCGGCAUCCCCAUCGCCCAGAACCAGUUCAUCCAGGGCAAGCUGGCGGACAUGUACACAAAGCUUCAGGCGUCUCGUGCCUACACCUAUGCCACAGCCAAGACCGUCGACGAGGAGGGCUCGAUUCGGACACAGGACUGCGCCGGUGCUAUUUUGUAUGCUGCCGAGAGAGCGACAGAGUGCACUUUGGACAGCAUUCAGCUUCUUGGCGGUAUGGGGUACGUGGAGGAGAUGCCAGCUUCCAGACUUUUGAGAGAGUAA